GUUGGAGAUGUGUGAGCGCAGUCUCUACAGAGCGGGCUAUGUGGGCUCGCUUCUGAAUCUGCAGUCGCCAGACUCCUUCUACUUUUCCAACCUGCGGCCGAAUGGCAGCCAAUUGGCCGCGCUUCCCCCCAUCUCAUACCCGCGCGGCGCGCUGCCCUGGGCCACCACGCCCGCCUCCUGCGCCCCAGCGCAGACCGCCGGUGCCACGGCCUUCGGCAGCUUUCCCCAGCCCUACCUGGCUGGCUCUGGGCCUCUUGGCCUGCAGCCCCUCGGUGCCAAGGACGGAUCCGAAGAACAGGCCAAGUUUUAUACUCCCGACGCGGCUGCCGGGCCGGAGGAGCGUGGCCGUGUGCGGCCGCCCUUCAUCCCUGAGUCAAGCUUGGCCCCCGCGGCCGCUGCUCUCAAAGCAGCCAAGUACGACUACGCGGGCGUGGGCCGUGUAGCGCCGGGCUCUUCGGCGCUGCUCGAGGGGACACCCUGCUCCGCUGGCUUCAAGGACGACGUCAAGGGCCCGCUCAACUUGAACAUGACAGUGCAGGCGGCAGGCGUCGCCUCCUGCCUGCGACCUUCGCUGCCCGACGGCCUGCCGUGGGGGGCGGCCCCGGGGAGGGCUCGCAAGAAGCGGAAACCCUACACUAAGCAGCAGAUUGCCGAAUUGGAGAACGAAUUCCUUCUCAACGAAUUUAUCAACCGGCAGAAGCGCAAGGAAUUGUCCAACAGGCUGAACCUCAGCGACCAGCAAGUCAAAAUCUGGUUCCAGAACCGGCGUAUGAAGAAGAAGCGCGUGGUGCUGCGCGAGCAGGCGCUGUCGCUGUACUAGCCCCUGGUGUGGCUUCGGCGGGGCUGGGCCUGCCUUUUUUCACCGAAGCCUGGCUUGCAGGAAGAGAGGGGAUAGGGCUUUUCUUCUGCUCCUUCUCUGCUGG